AUGACAUUGCAAAUCAUUGAGGCACUUUGUUUAUACAAGCUUCUAUUGCUGAUCGGUGUCUAUGGAGCCAGGGUCCCUCAUCAGGCAGGCUUCAGCGUGAGCUCCAUCAUAGACCCCGUGCUACAUCCCAUUGUAGCAGCUGGCUCUAACAGGUGUGAAGCCCUAAAGAGUUUCUUUGGUAUAACUUAUGAGCAAAUGUUAGAGAAAAACCGAACCAAUUUCAACGAAAUACUCAGCAUUGAUCAUAUAACAAAAUAUGGUAAUGUUAAACAUAAUCUAACAGAAAUCAACUUAUUGAAGAGGUUGAUGGUUAAUGCUCAAGAUGUGAUAAUCCUUGUUCACGGUUUUAUGGAAAGCUCCGAUGGUUUGAUGGUGCAAGGUGUAGCGCCAGAGUUGAUUAAGCUCAAACGGAAAGUGUUUGCACUGGAUGGGAGGAAGGUGAUCAAUUUCGAGUAUUUUCAUUCCUCAACUUAUGUACGAUUCAUUGGGCAAAAGUUUGGAACACUCUUGACUGAAUUAAUUACACGUGGUGUGAAUGCUUCGAAAAUAACUUUAAUCGGACACAGUUUAGGAGCACAUAUAGCAGGGAUUGCAGGAAAGAAAGUGAUAGAUGAAACUGGUCAACGUCUAGCUAGAAUAACAGGUUUAGACCCAGCAGGGCCUUGCUUCAGUAACGUGGACGCGCGGGCUAGACUGGACGCCACGGACGCGGAAUAUGUCGACGUCAUCCACACUAACGGUGGCAUGUUGGGGAUAAAAGAGCCUGUAGGCCAUAAAGACUUCUACCCCAACAACGGAAUGUCUCAGCCCGGCUGCAUAUUCUCCACGUGUGACCACAGCAGAGCCUGGGAACUGUUUGCUGAAUCCGUUACUUCACCAGACCACUUUCCAGCUCGCAAGUGUGACAAUUGGACAAUGUUUCAAAAUGGACUCUGCGCGAACAAUGACGUCACGUACAUGGGAUUGAACUCGGGACUCGGUGUUUCGGGAACAUACUUAUUAACCACUGCAUCAUCGCCGCCUUAUAGUUUAGGCGCUGCUGGUAGUGGGUGAUUACUGAAAUAAAUGUA